AUGAAUUUUUAUAAAUUGGACUUAUUUUCUUAGACAUUCUCAUUCGGUAUUGAGAAUAGAAGAACAAAGAAAGGUACCUUCAUUGGAUUAAUAUUAUCCUUUUUUGUUUAUAUUGGCUCUGUAGGAUAUUUGACAUAUCUUCUAGUUCAGUAUAUUCAGAAUUAAAUUGAACCAAACUAUAAGGCUCAAAGCUUCAUCACUGAAGAAAGCAUUGAUAUAAGCUUAGAUCAAGAUAUGAUUGGAUUCAGAUUCGAAUAUGAUAUUAACAAAGACCUAUAAUCUCUUUAAGCAUAGCAAAAUAAAACUUAUUUAGUGUUCAUGGCUUAUUUAUAUUUCAAAAAUAAUACAUUAUUCUAAAGCAUUUAAUUGAAUACUAUUUAAUGCACAAGUUCUCACUUGGUUGGAUUUUAAUGCUUAGAUUUUUCUAAAGUUUAGAAUUAUACGCUUAAUGUAAAUACUAAAGACAAUAUAUCUUCUUCUGUCAACAUAUAUAUUUAUGGAUGCUUAGACACUGAUUCAAAUAAGGACUUCAUUCCAAAUAAUUGUGCAAGCUAAAACGAAACAGAGUAAAUAGUGAAUGGUAUGAAUGCUAGAUUUAGACUUAAGUUAUAUACAUCUUAGUAUAACACAGCUACAAAAUAAAUAUAAGUUAACUACAGAAAUGCUCAAUUUUAUCCUAUUGCUAAUCAAUUUGUUUACAGCUCGUUAAAAGCAUAAAAGUAAACGACUAGCAUCAAAGAAGGACUAUUGAUACAAUCUUCUACUAAUUAUUCCUCUCCAAUUUAGUAUGAACUAAUGAAUUAAAAUUUUGACAGAAAUUAUUCUAUACAAUAAAUUAAUUAGAGUGGUUAUGGAUAAGUAGAAUUAUAGAUGGAUGAAAUAGUUCAAAUAAUACAAAUAUAGUAUCCUGCUUUGCCUUAAAUAUUGGCACUUGUGAAUAGCACAUUGUCUCUUUUAAUGCUACUUGGAAUUGUAGGUAGAAAAAUAUCAUCUAGAUCAAUAAGAAAUGAUUUCUUUAUGCUAUUGAUGUAAAAUGUUUAUCAAGGAAAAUACUUAUAAAUACUAAAAAAUUAAAAAUUGUAUGAUAAUAAAGAGAUUUCAGAUUUAGAUUCUUAAUCAUAAAAAAGAGAUUAAAAUUUUUCUAAAGAAGAUGAUAAAAUAGAGUUAGAAGACGAAUAAAUUAUUUAAGAGAGAGAAGAUAACUGCUCGAUAUAGUUGCCUUAAACAGAUUUUUAAUGCAAAUAGUCAUUAGAUAAAAUCAAAAGCUGCUAAAGUUAAUAUCCUUAAAGCAAAAAGUCUUCAGAUAAUACAAAUUAAACUGAAGGAUUGAUAAUUCAAUAGUCAUUUUCUAAACAAAGUGAAGAAAGUCAAAGCAAAACUUUUCAAAAUUCUGCUUUAAAUUAAAAUAGGUCCAAUAAUAACACAUCAAUUAUUUAAAAUUAAAAUAAUCAAAAUAUUAAGACAAUAAAUUUAUGUUAAUCUCCUUUAUCAUCAGAUAGAACUCAGUAGACUAAAAUUAAUAUCCUUCCAUUAAGUAAAAUAAACAUUCAGCAAUUUGAGAAAACUAAAAAUAUGGAGGAGGAUUCCUAGCUUUUUUAUUCAAAAUUAGAAAAGCUAAAAGCAAUAUAAAAUAAGCAGUUUUAAGAAAAAACCUUUGAAAAUAUGUUUAAUUUUAAGUUUUGUAGAGGCUCAAAGCAUUCACUGAUCAAUCAAAAGACUAAAAAUACUAUUCAAAAUGAAGUCUUUAAAAAUUUGAAUAUAUUUGAGUUAUACAAAGAUGUAAUGUUUUUAAAGAAAGCUAUUAUGAUGAUACUAGAUACAGAACAGUUGUCUGCUAUCAAGCAUAUAGGUUGUUCCUCUUUCUUUUUAGACAUUGAUAAAAACAUCGAUUCAUUUACUUUAAGUUCAUUAACUAUUUUGAGGAACAGUAUGCAAUUCUAUUAUCAGAAGAACUCUAAUAUAAAAAACUAACCAAAUUCCUACAAAGAUGUUAUAAAAGAGAAAAUAUUAAUAAAAUAGAUAUGA